AUGGCCUCCAACGGUAACGCCAUCCACGCCGACCAGGCUGCCUGGCGCCACUACAACGAGGGAACCUUCCUGUUCACCUCCGAGUCUGUCGGUGAGGGUCACCCCGACAAGAUUGCCGACCAGGUUUCCGAUGCCAUCCUGGACGCCUGCCUGGCUGAGGACCCCCUCUCCAAGGUUGCCUGCGAGACUGCCACCAAGACUGGCAUGAUCAUGGUCUUUGGCGAGAUCACCACCAAGACCAAGCUCGACUAUCAGAAGGUCGUCCGUAACGCCAUCAAGGACAUUGGCUACGAUGACUCGUCCAAGGGUUUUGACUACAAGACCUGCAACCUGCUCGUCGCCAUCGAGGAGCAGUCUCCCGACAUUGCCCAGGGUCUGCACUACGAGAAGGCCCUCGAGGAGCUCGGUGCUGGUGACCAGGGUAUCAUGUUUGGCUAUGCCACCGACGAGACCCCCGAGCUGUUCCCCCUGACCCUGCUGCUCGCCCACAAGCUCAACGCUGCCAUGUCGGCCGCCCGCCGUGACGGCAGCCUGGCCUGGCUCCGACCCGACACCAAGACCCAGGUCACCAUUGAGUACAAGCACGACUCUGGUGCCGUUGUCCCCGUCCGCGUCCACACCGUCGUCGUUUCUGCCCAGCACAGCGAGGACAUCACCACUGAGCAGCUCCGCAAGGAGAUCCUCGACAAGAUCAUCAAGAAGGUCAUCCCCGCCAAGUACCUUGAUGACAACACCAUCUACCACAUCCAACCUUCUGGCCUCUUCAUCAUCGGUGGUCCCCAGGGUGACGCCGGUCUGACUGGCCGCAAGAUCAUUGUCGACACCUAUGGUGGCUGGGGUGCCCACGGUGGUGGUGCCUUCUCCGGCAAGGACUUCUCCAAGGUCGACCGUUCCGCCGCCUACCUCGGCCGCUGGAUCGCCAAGUCGCUGGUCGCCGCCGGCCUCGCCCGCCGCGCUUUGGUCCAGCUCUCGUACGCCAUUGGUGUUGCCGAGCCCCUGUCCGUCUUUGUCGACACCUACGGCACCUCGGAGAAGACCUCGGAGGAGCUGGUCAAGAUCAUCCGUGCCAACUUCGACAUGCGCCCCGGUGUCAUUGUCAAGGAGCUCGACCUGGCCAAGCCCAUCUACUUCCAGACUGCCAAGAACGGCCACUUUGGUACCAACCAGAGCUUCAGCUGGGAGAAGCCCAAGCCCCUCAAGUACUAA